AUUGUUCCGCGGUUUUUGGUACUGUUCGCACGUACUCCUGUCUUCUGCUUUCGCUUGUACCUUCUCUUGCCACGAUCUCGGUAUUCGUUCAAUACCACGAGAUCGCCAACGAAAUAAAUCUGGUUACGUUCAAUCCUCACCUUCUGAUUUAUCUGGCACGUGUUUCUUGGUAGCGGUGUUCACAGUUGAUCUCAACUCGACGCCACGCUACAAUUGGUGAUCCCAAAGUUUGGAACACGCCGCAACCUCGGGUCAAAUCUUCCAAAGAAGUCAAUUUGGUGAGUCUAUUAUUUAUCUAUCCACGUCUGUCGUAUAUUUUCAUAUUAAUUUUUAAUAUAUAAUAUACACGACAUGACGGAUAGCGAGAAGAAUACUAUUAAUGUUAUAGACUCAGACGUACAGGCCAUUCAUUAUCGACCUGUAUCAUUUAUCCCCCACGACCCUGAGGUCUGGUUUGCUUCAAUAGAGUCUCAGUUCUAGACUCGUCGCAUCACGAGCCAAAGGCAAAAAUACGCCUACGCUCUCGAAUCGUUAUCCGGGGACCAUUUAGUAGCUGUUCGUGAGGUCGUCCUCAAUUCUAACGUACCUAAUGUUUAUGACUGCCUCAAGGAGGCAAUUCUCCGACAUUUCCUCCCAUCAAGGGAGGAACGAUUGAGGACACUGUUAGCACGUCACCCCCUGGGUGAUGCUAAACCAAGCCACCACCUCACGCGCCUGCAAUCUGUUGCAGGACCAACAGCAAGUGACUCAGAAAUAGUUAAGGAAUUGUGGCUAGAGUCACUACCAGCCCAUAUCCAACCUACUGUGACGGCACUGCUCGAGGACUCACCGCUUAACCAGGUAGCCCUCAUAGCAGACAAAAUUUUGGCGAGGACUACCAAUAGAGACACUUAUGUAGUUGCUUCGACGGCACGUCCUAAAGUAGACAUGGACGCCGCUCAUUCCUCAGCUCAUGGUGACAGGGACGGGUGUAUUCACACACGUCUUAGUUUUCGAGACCGUUGUAACGUACCCCAUCCCUACGUCCCCCGAGCUCGCUCAAGUUCUCGCAAACCCGUCACCACUCGCCCAAAAAGGGCAUCUUCCAGGCCACGCCGAAAGGCGGCUACGGAAGCGAGUGACAAUUGGUGCUGGUUCCAUAGGUCCUUCGGGUCUGGCGCCCGCCGUUGUCGAGCACCAUGCUCAUACAAGGCGGGAAACGCCGGCGAGUAAAAGCGGCCGUACUCGCCGGCCCUUCACCCCAGGUUGGUCGCCCAUUCUAUGUGCACGAUUAUCGCACAAACGCUAGGUUCCUAGUAGACACUGGGGCCCAAGUUUCUGUCGUACCACGAGGUAGCAGCAAAAAAGAUGGGGUUAGUUGGAGACCAUGCGGCGACUACCGAGCUCUAAACGUAGUUACGCGCUUUGAUAGCUACCCCAUCCCCCACAUACACGACAUCACGGCAUCGCUCAAGGGCACGACUAUCUUUUCUAAGAUCGGUCUGGUACGAGCAUAUCAUCAGAUCCCAGUCGCUCUUGAAGAUAUCGAAAAGACCGCUAUCACGACUCCUUUCGGUUUGUUUGAGUUCCUACGAAUGCCAUUUGGAUUACGGAAUGCUGCUCAAACUUUUCAAAGGUUUAUCGAUAGCAUUGUACGAGACCUCGAUUUUGUUCACGUCUAUAUUGAUGACCUGCUAAUCGCAUCAUCAAACGUAGAUGAACAUUAUCAACAUCUUACGCUAUUAUUCCAACGACUUUCGGAUAAUGGAAUAGUAGUUAACCCAGACAAAUGCGAGUUAGGUAAACGAGAAAUCAUAUUUCUGGGUCAUGUUAUCAAGCAAGAGGGUAUUUUACCUUGUGAGGACAAAGUGCAAGCAAUAAAGGAGUACAACGAGCCGUCCUCACUCAAGGAACUGAAGGCUUUUCUCGGUUUGGUUAACUUCUACCGUCGUUUCAUCCCACACGCGGCAGAACGGUUACGACCACUAACCGACUUAUUACGCGGCAACCCACGUAGAUUGGAAAUGAACGAUUCUGCACGUACUGCAUUCACUGAAAUCAAAACGGCUCUUGCACAAGCCACUCUUCUCGCCCAUCACGAUCCAUCAGCCACGCUUAGUAUAGCGGUUGAUGCAUCCGAUGUCGCUAUAGGAGCAGUCAUGCAACAAAACAUCUCCGGUAGUUGGCAACCUCUCGAGUUUUUCUCACGACGCCUUACUACCACAGAGACGAGAUAUAGCGCUUUUGGUCGCGAGCUGCUAGCAGCCUACUGCGCCAUCAAACAUUUUCGGCACGCAGUAGAAGGACGUCAAUUCAUUUUAUUCACCGACCAUAAGCCCUUAACGUAUGCUUUGCAUACCAAGUCUGACCGCAACUCACCACGAGAGUGCAGACAUUUGGACUAUAUCUCUCAGUUCACGACAGAUCUUCGUCACAUCCAAGGCAAGUCGAACUGUGUUGCCGAUGCUCUAUCACGAAUCCAAAUGAAUGCAGUUACCCUGCCGGUGCUUGAUCUUCCUGCUAUGGCCGCUGCCCAAGCAAACGAUCCCAGCUGUACAGAAGCACCACACUCUACGUCCCUUCAGUAUCAGGAAGUACCUCUGGCCACGACUUCUGGCACCAUUCUAUGUGAUACUUCUACCGGUCUUCCUCGACCCAUCGUACCCUCUGCUUAUCACCGUCUCGUAUUCGAUGCCCUGCAUGGAUUAUCUCACCCAGGUAUCGCAGCUACAUUACGCCUCAUCGCUGCACGAUACGUCUGGCCGUCCAUGAAUAAAGAUGUUCGUAUAUGGGCUAAGCAAUGCUUACAAUGUCAACGAUCAAAAGUGCACAGGCACGUAGUUGCCCCCCUCGGUACAUUCGCUACGCCUGAUGCUCGCUUCGAUGACGUUCACUUAGACAUUGUAGGACCACUGCCACCAUCGCACGGGUAUGAUCACAUACUCACGUGCAUCGACCGCUUCACCAGAUGGCCCGAAGCUAUACCCAUCACGUCUAUCACGGCGGAGACAGUUGCUCACCGCUUCGUAGAACGAUGGGUAGCUCUAUAUGGUUGUCCCUCGACCGUCACGACUGACCGAGGACAACAAUUUGAGUCCGCACUAUUCUCCUCACUUACUCGGCUGCUUGGUACGGAACGAAUACGCACUACCGCCUACCAUCCAGCUUCAAACGGUUUAGUUGAAAGGUUUCACCGGCAACUUAAAAGUGCUCUUCGAGCACACGAAAACGACGACUGGUACGAAACCUUACCGCUCGUUCUUUUAGGUAUCAGAACGAGUUUAAAGGCAGAUAUCCAAUGUUCCGCCGCUGAACUUGUAUACGGCACGACAUUGCGUCUGCCCGGGGAAUUCUUCACACCACGGAGCAGACCUAAUUUCGCUAAAUCAGACUACGUCCAACGACUGUCUGCAUUUAUGCGAACGCUGCCUCCGGUGUCAACUCGAAUACAACAUCGACAGGUCGCUCUCCCUCGAGAGUUAUCUACCUGUUCACAUGUUUUUGUACGAGUAGAUUCGGUACGCAAACCUUUACAACAACCUUACGAAGGCCCUUUUCGCGUGAUCGCUCGUCACGAAAAGACCUUCAAGGUUGAUCGACACGGCCGCGUCGAGAUCGUCAGCAUUGAUCGUCUCAAACCAGCACACGUCGAUGACAGUGCCCUAUCUGACAACCUGAGAUUCAAUGCUAGACCUAGCAAACCUACUAGCGGGAUCCUCAAAUCAUCUACAGGUCCCACGCUAGAUACAUCUGAGACCUCAUUCUCACGUCCCAGUCAACAGCACGCGUCAUCUGCACCGUCUACGGACGAGACAACAGUCUCACGUCCAGAUCAGCAGACCACGCCGCCCUUGACUUCGGAUGAGAUUGCAGGCUCACGCGACGCGAACGAGACUGCCGUCUCACGUUCCGGUCGCCGAGUACGGUUACCCGUACGCUUCCGCGAAUAGUCGCACAGUCAACUACCGAUACGGUGUAGGAUUAUUCCUAUACUACACGUAUGCUACACUCUUCUUUUUUUGAUUUUCUUUUUGUUUUCUGAGCCCACGCCUUCGACCAUCUCCGUUUGGUUCCGUCGACUUCAGUCAACUUUGGCGAAAGCUGGCCUGAUCACCCAUGCUCUUGUCAACGCACUCAGUCGAUAUAUUGGUUUCGAACGCUUGGCGCACGCUUGGUCACGAACUUGGUCGUAACGGUCGCUUCUGGUCUUUCGGCUCAACAUGGUUUCGUCCUACGUCUGCAGCGUUUCUGGUGCGCACCUCUACGAACGCCCUCUUCAGAUUCUGGAUACAAACCACUCUGGUGUAGCAUGCCAACUCAAGCAAUAAAUACAACACAUCGCUCCUGGUACCGUUCUCCGAUAACGACCUUCGUUGGCAACUCGACGAUCAACGAUCGCUUUCCUGUUCGCCAAUUCUUCCGUCCUACAAUCGCUCAUCAGCCGAUCAGUCCCACGAUUCAAACCGCUAUUUAUCGAAAGUGUAAACCCUUUCUAGCGGGGGCUCCUGUAGUGACUCACGUUUAUCACGAGAACACGACUGGUUUAAUAAAAACAAUUAUUAUUACAACCAACUGUACCAGUGUUUGUUUUAAUGUGCUUUUGUUUGACUGUGCUAAUGACAGCUAUUUUGUGCUUCCAUUACCUUCCAUCAUUGUUCCGCGGUUUUUGGUACUGUUCGCACGUACUCCUGUCUUCUGCUUUCGCUUGUACCUUCUCUUGCCACGAUCUCGGUAUUCGUUCAAUACCACGAGAUCGCCAACGAAAUAAAUCUGGUUACGUUC